AUGAAAUCAACCUCGGAGCAGUCUACUCCCCUCAGAUCAAGCAACGUGUCGAUCCUGGACUCUGAAAAACAAGCGACCACGGCGUCACCAUCGAUAAUGGAUACGUCUAUUGAGGAAGCACCUCGUCCCAGUCUAUCUACAGCGCGAUCGAUUUACUUGAAGAUUGUUCUGGGCGCCACGUCUCUCAUUGUCGUCUUGAUCUUUUCAGUGUUCUCCAUUUAUUGGGGUUCCCUUUGGAAGAUACCGGCUCAUAAUCUUCAUGGAUGGGUCGUAGAUUUUGACGGCGGGAUGGUGGGACACCAAGUAGCUCGGUCACUGGGCUCUAACGUGGGCCCGUCAAAAGUCACUUGGAGCGUAAUCCCAGCUUCUCAGGUUGCUGGUGGCUUGGAUGAGCUAGCGAUCCUGGUAAGGGAGGAGCACACCUGGGUUGCCGUCGCCAUUCAUCCCGAAGCGAGCGCGAAACUGAACGCCGCACUAACUAUACCGAAUUCCACUUACGAUGGGUCCGAAGCGGUCACAGUAUACGCCGUAGAGGCGCGUAACGAGAAUGCUUUCCGAAACAUUAUCCAGCCAUCCGUAGAAUCUUCUUUGACUGUCAUCUCCGCCUCGUUUGCCUUGCAAAUAUCACGAAGCGUUGCCAACGCGUCGACGCUUUCUACCCUGAUGUCAACGUCUCCGCAAACGAUCACAACGCCAAUUUCUUACACAUUCAACAACCUCGUCCCUUUCGACGUCCCAGUAGCUACCGCUGCUACCUUCGUCGGCUUGUUAUACCAACUUAUUCUGUCAUUCUUCGUCGUUAUGAUAACGCUCACCGCGCGCGAGAUAUCAGGCUUGAACAAGAGCCUCUCACUACGGAAUCUUAUUCUCCUACGCUUCGCAUCCUCUUUUGGAGCCUACUUUUUCCUAUCACUUUUCUACUCUCUUCUCAACGCCGCUUUCCACUUACCCAUGUCUCGCAAAUUCGGUCACGCGGGAUUCAUUCUGUUCUGGAUGCUCAGCUACGUCGGGAUGCUUUCUGUCGGCCUCGCUCUGGAAUCGCUGGUCACGCUGCUGACAGUAAAAUUUAUACCCUUUUUCAUGAUUACAUGGAUCAUCACGAACAUUUCCGUCUGCAUUUACCCCAUAGAAGUCCUACCGCGGAUAUUCCACUACGGAUACGCAGCACCUUUCUAUAACAUCUCACGCGCGAUGAGAACUAUCAUAUUUGGUACUAAAAACGAAGUUGGAAUGCACUUUGGUAUUUUGCUUGUGUGGAUUGCGAUCUCAUGCAUAACAUUGCCGUUGAUUCAAUGGUUUGCGAGACGGAGAGACGAGCGCGCGGAGGAUUUAAAGGUGGCGGAUAAAGCUGUUGAAGUUUGA